AUGGCGUGUGAGGAAGUGCUUCAUUCGAGGCCUCUGUUCCUCACGAUCUACACUGUUAUCGUCAUUGGCAUCGUUUUUUCCUCACUUUACGUCUUCUCCGCCAUUCGCUACCCCUCCACCAACCCCUCUGCUUGGUCCCUUUCAAACGAGGAUGUUCGUCUUACAGAACAAACGCUCAACGAUUCUCGGUUAGCAACCGUUCAUACCGUGCCUUCUGUUCCUCCGGAGGCACGGAAUGUGAGGACAAGACCUAUAUUGGAUGUUCCUCCACGCAGUAAAGAGAUGCCACCUUUGAAGGCUUUCAGAUUGACCAAAGAAUUGAUUCAGAAAAGGGUGAAAGAUAACAUUAUAAUAGUGACCUUUGGUAACUAUGCCUUCAUGGACUUUAUUCUGACCUGGGUUCAACAGUUGAAUGAUCUGGAGGUUUAUAAUUUUCUUGUUGGUGCAAUGGACACCAAGUUGUUGGAGGGGCUUUAUUGGAAAGGGAUACCAGUUUUUGACAUGGGCAGCCAUAUGAGUACAGCAGAUGUUGGCUGGGGGUCUCCAACAUUUCAUAAAAUGGGGAGAGAAAAAGUUAUUCUGAUAAACUUGAUACUGCCUCUCGGUUACGAGCUGUUGAUGUGUGACACUGACAUGGUUUGGUUGAAGAACCCACUUCCAUAUCUUGCUCGUUAUCCUGGAGCAGAUGUUUUAACAUCCAGUGAUCAAGUUGUUCCAACAGUGGUUGAUGAUAGUCUGGAAAUUUGGCAAGAAGUUGGUGCUGCCUACAACAUUGGAAUUUUCCAUUGGAGACCUACUGAGACUGCAAAAAAAUUAGCAAAGGAAUGGAAAGAACUGCUUCUAGCUGAUGAUAAGAUAUGGGAUCAGAAUGGUUUCAAUGACAUUGUACACAGGCAGUUAGGACCGUCAGUUGAUGAGGACAGUGGACUUGUUUAUGCUUAUGAUGGAAAUCUAAAGCUAGGAAUUUUGCCUUCAAGCAUCUUUUGUAGUGGACAUACAUAUUUUGUCCAGGCUAUGUAUCAGCAACUCAGAUUGGAGCCAUAUGCAGUGCACACAACAUUUCAAUACGCAGGAACUGAAGGAAAGCGCCACCGACUGCGAGAAGCCAUGCUUUUCCGUGAUCCACCAGAAUACUAUAAUCCUUCUGGGGGUUUCUUGUCAUUUAAGCCAUCUAUUCCAAAAAGCUUGUUGCUAAGUGGGAAACAUACCAUUGAAUCACAUUUUACGCUUGUUAAUUACCAAAUAAAACAGAUCAGAACAGCACUUGCUAUUGCUUCCCUUUUGAACAGAACACUGGUCGUGCCUCCAUUAUGGUGCAGGGUUGAUAGGCUAUGGUUUCCUCAUCCUGGUGUUUUGGAGGGGUCUAUGACUAGACAACCUUUUCUUUGUCCACUGGAUCAUGUAUUUGAGGUAAAUUUCAUGUUGAAAGAACUUCCAAACGAAGAGUUUGGCCCCAGAAUAGAUAUUAGAGAGUACUCGAUACUUGAUAAUCCCUCCCUCCCCUCAGAGGUGAAGAAGUCAUGGCUUGAUGUUCAGCUCUGUAAAGAAGGAGCCCAAGAUUGUUUUGCAUCAAAUAAUACCACCGUUGGGGGAGUACUCAAAUUUCCAAGGCAUAGCAAUGAAGAAACGGAUAAGGAGCUGGUUAGGAAAGCUCACUUAGAGUGUGGUGGGAGAAAUUUUAGUUACAUGAUGUAUCUGCUCUGGAGUAUGAAAAUUAAAUUCGAAUCUCAAGAAGUAAUUUUGGUGUCCAACCCCAACCUGAAAGCUAAUUCUGGGUCCCAGAAGAAAUUAUGCUGGAAGUGA